GAAUUACUCCGAAAUUAAUGGCGACGUCUAGCGUUGUCGUGUUCACUGUGAGAAAAUAAUGUUUCCCGAAGCCAAAUUUCGAUUGUGUACAAAAAGGUGUUAACGAGACUAAAAACAAACGUGAUAGAAUUCCGUGUAAAAGUAAAAUAGUAGUCGCGAUAAUGGACCAGGCACCUGCAGAUACAGAGUUACGGAACAUCAUAGACAAGCUGGCACAGUUUGUGGCUCGCAACGGACCAGAGUUCGAGCAGAUGACGAAAAACAAGCAGAAGGACAACCCAAAGUUUGGUUUCCUGUUCGGCGGAGAGCACUUCAACUACUAUCAGUACAAAGUGACUACAGAGCAAGCCAUUUUAAAGCAAAAAGGAAUAAAUCCAAUGCAAAAUGCAGACCCACGUUUAAACGUUUCGCAGCAGCAGCAAACAGCCGCUACCGUCGCUCAGCCACUGAAUAACGUCAAUCUUGCACCUGGCCUAAAUACUCAGAACAAUGGAUUAAAUCCAGUAGUGGGGAUUGGACCAGUAGGAAAUCAAGGUGGUCCCGUUAUACCUGGAGUACCUGGACAAAUUGGAGGGCCAGGAAAUGCAGGACCACCGAUUGGACCAGUUCCUGGUGCUAUGGGAGGUGUGAAUCCACCCAUUGCUGGAGUUACACAACCGGUUAACAUUGGCGGGCCUCCUGGAUGGCUUCAAAAUGAAUUAGCAAACCUUCAAUCGCAGCAGACUACGCUACAAGAGCAAAUCAGACAAUCGGAACAAAAUCUGGCUGCGCAACAUGCUGCACUGAUGGCACAACAACAAGGAAGGGUAGAAGAUGCUGUUAGGCAAGCUCAAGAAACGGCUUUGCAAAACAAUGCACAAAGUACAAAUACAGAUCUUGCUGCGUUCGAUACAGUGUUACAACCUAUUAUCGAUAGUUGCACUAAAGACAGCAUUAGUGCAGGGAAAGCCUGGAUACUUCAGAACUCAGUUACUCCGCAAAGUAAUCAAGUUGUCGCAGAUCAUUUAUUAAAAAAAGUAAUUCAAGCAUCAAAUUUUAGUCAUAAACUUCAUAUUAUCUAUUUGGUCAAUGAUGUCUUACAUCAUUGUGCAAGAAAAAAGUCUAUGGAUCUUCGCAAGGCAAUGGAAAGUGUUGUUGUUCCCAUGUUCUGUAACACUUCACUAGCUGCAUCAGAUGAACAACUUAAUAAAUUAAAUAAACUAUUAAGUUUGUGGGAAUCAAAAAAUAAUUACUUUGAUGAAGGAAUUAUAGAUAAGUUGAAACAACCAAGUGCGUCUUGGUCCGAAUAUCAGGCUAAUCUGGUUGCUCAACAUGCCAGUGCAAUUACACCGAUCACAACAUCGACGAAACAAACCUUCGAUAAUUAUCAAACUCAACAUCAAGCAUUUGUUACUCAUGCUUUACGACAAAUUCAGAAUAUUGAGCAACAAAAAAUAGCGAUUGACCAACAAUUGAAAGCCCCACCGCCACCGCCGCCGCAAUUGAAUCAGCAGAAUAUGUCCAUACCACCUACUCAUUCCGGCCCUCCUGCUCCAAUCGGUACAGAUGUAAAUUUCAGUCAGCCACCACCUGGAUGGGGUGUACCUCCUGGAAGCGAACCUCCACCAUUUACGAAUGUUCCAUUACCAGAUUUUUCAAAACCUCCGCCAGGAUUUGGUCCACCGCCUGUUAUACACGAACCUUCCGUUGAAGAUUUAAUGCCUAGUAUGCCUUACUAUGAACUUCCUGCUGGUUUGAUGGUACCUCUAAUCAAAUUAGAAGACGCCGAAUAUAAACCUCUGGAUCCAGAUGCUAUUAGACUUCCACCGCCUGCUCCACCAAGUGAUCGACUAGUUGCAGCUGUAGAAGCAUUCUAUGCACCACCAAAUCAUGACUCUCCGCGAGACAGCGACGGAUGGGAAAAAUUAGGUUUAUACGAGUAUUAUAAAGCGAAGAAUUCUGCGCGUAAGCGUAAGGAAGAGGACAUAAUAGCUGGUAUAAGGCAAAAAUCGAGAUCACCGUCGCCAAUUUUGAGGCCGAGAUCCAAAAGUCCUAGUCCACCAAAGAAACGAUAUCGAAGUAAAUCGCGAAGUAGGUCACGAUCGAGGUCGAGGGGUAGAAGCAGAUCCAGAUCUCCGGCAACUAAUCACAGACGCAAUAGCCGCAAUAGCAAUCACAAUAACAGAAGUAGGAGGAGAAGGAAUAGCAACAAAGAUCGAAGUCCUGACAGACGAAUGGACAGGCAAGAUCGAAGUCCAACUCCGCCCAGCUUCCUCGGUUCGACUUACAGUAAAGCUCCUCAGGAAAUUAGUCUCGACGAAAGUAAUAAAGGUCAUCAGUUGCUCAAGAAAAUGGGUUGGAGCGGUGCAGGACUUGGUGCCAAUGAACAGGGUAUCGAGGCUCCCAUAUCGGGAGGUGAAAUUAGAGAUAAAAACGAUCAAUACAAAGGCGUUGGUAUAAAUUUAAAUGAUCCAUACGAGAACUUUAGAAAGAGUAAAGGUCAGGCAUUUAUUACCAGAAUGAAAGCGAGAGCGGAAGAGCGUGCCGAAGAAAGGGGUGAACGGGACUGAAUAUAACCAAGUAAAAUAAUUGAAUCGUCUGUAAUCCUUUUCACGGCAGGUAUAAUUAUCGCGUACAGUGUGAAUUCGCGGUGUCCCAUGGUCGACACAAUCUGAACAAUCCGCGAGGAUUGAUUCCGAAGAUCUAUAGUAUUUUUCUGAUUAUCGGUCGUUGAAUAAAUUUUACAUGUAUUUCUCAUUUGACUGUACGGUUGUUACAUAGCCACUGUUUAUCAUUUAAAUUGCCAAGUUACAGAUACGUAUGUUAUGUAAUUUUACAUUCGCGUUAGGAAUAACGAUCGAUUAUUUUAUAUUUUAAUACUUCAGAUAAGAACGACUAUAUCUUCUUAAUGCUGUGUCGAUCAUUCAUGGAGACAAAUAUCAUUUAUUUGUAUGUUCCCACACGAGGAAAAUACGACGAGUGAAUGGUGAAAAAGAGAACAAUGUUUAUAAUUAACGAUUACUUGUCAAUUUAUAAAAAAGACAAGAAUCAUAAGUUUAUGGUACCGUGUGCACCAGGAGCGGCUGUUAUUUCCUAAAUUGAAUUUUCGUGGUGCAUGAUACGAAAAAAAAGAACAGUUUUAUACAUCUAUUGUACAUUAUGUACAAAACCCAUCGAUCUUUGGAAAGGUUACCGCUAAUAAUAAUAUUAAUAAUAAUGAUAAUAAUAAUAGAUAAAUUAUCUAUUAAUAAUUCGAUCAACUUGAACGAAAAAUGUAACUUUUAAAUAUACCAAAACGACGGUUUAAUCGUAUUAAAGAAGUCGUCUUACACGGAAUCGAAGUCGACCAAUCGCGCAGUUAUCGUUCAUCGUGAACUUAACAUACGCUUAUGUUUUAAUUGUAUCCCACACGACACAAUACUGGAGUUCGUUCUUCUCCCAUGUGAACUUAUAAACUGAUUCACUAAACGUUACAUAAACGAUUGUAUCCUGUUCGUGUACGGGAAUAAGAGAAUAUUUUGCGCGCAGGCAUCAUUUGCAAGCAAGAAAUACGAAAUUAAAAAAAAAAGUACUUGUAUUUAGGAAAUUAAUAAAUGAUUAUAUUGGAUACAUAACGAUAACUCGACAGACAGACAGUGUAUGUUUAAUAUGAAAAACGAGAAAGGGAAGUAAUAAUGAAGAUAGGGCACGGUUAAUUAGAAUUACCAUGGACUUGCAUGCGUGCUCGACGUACACUCGAACUUCACAGAACUGCUGGAGAGAAUUUCUCAGAAAAUUAAUUUAAUUGGUAUUAGAGAUACCCCAGAAUACCAGCGUUCCUCAGAUUAUUUUUAUGCCGUUGUUUAUCGUCGGUUGUCACGUGUAUGCGCGUUGAAAAAAAGAACGAAAAUAUCUCCGGUUAAGAACAAUUUAAUGUUCGACAACACUGUUAAUCGUGAGUUGCCUUCUUGAACUCCCCCGCCGACAGUCGAUAUCGAAACCAAAUAAAUCCAACGGCGAACCGGUUUCGCGAAGAUAACAGCCUCAGUGCUCGCUUGGUGGCGUAAACAAAGUCGAACUGGUGUAUGCGUUCUUAACAGCCGUCGUACAAGGUCGUUUAAGCUUUUGAGAUAUUCUUUUUAUAUCACGUGAUAUUUUUCAUCCAAUCGUUCGUACGAGAUCUAUGCAAAAUAAAUCUAGUAAAAUGUUCACGUGAGAUUUCAAGGUUCGAGCACGAAACGUUGAUAUUUAUUAGAUAGGAGACAAAUGCUUUAACACGUUCACUGCCAAAUCAAUGCAAUAUUCUGCAAAAGUAAAAUCUUGAUUUUAAACCAUCGUAAGCUAC